CAACAAACAUGAUUGAUUUGAACUCCUUCAAAUUCAUAUUCCGUAAUAUUCCAUAUAAAAACCUAAGCACUCCACGGCUAUUCUGCGGGUAAUACAAUUCAAUGAGACAAGGUUCAAGUUAGAUCAAAUUGAUCUUAUCAAUGAUCCAAGCGCGAUAAGUCUCUCUUACAAGGACGGACCUCGUUUAAUUACACGACAUUACCAACUUCCAUCAUUGAUAUCAUCGACAUCAUCGACAUACCAACUACUUUUCCGAUUUUUAAUCUUCUUUCCAUCUAUGCCAUGCCAAUAACAUCAUUCUCUACACCAGUAAAUGUGACGAGAUAACCCAAAGCCAACCAGAAUGGCGACUGGAGGAGAGGGGCGAAAAGGUCCCGAUGAUGAAGGCACAAUCAAUGUUGCCUCCAAAAAGGUCGUCAAGGAAAAACCAAAUGCAGCCAUCAAGUUAAAGAAGCCUGUGCCGAAGACCACGAAGCCUGGUAACUGGAGAGACGGUAGUGUUGUUGACGACGACAAGAAAUCGAAAAAUACCGAUUCCCCUGCUACCACCGGCACCUCGCCCCCCAGUCCUUUAGUAAAUCAACUCGACGAGACUUCUCGUGAAACCUUCGCGACGGGACGACCACUCGAAGAUCACCUCAAUCUCCAACAAUGCAAGCAUUGUAAGAAGGGGAUCAUCAGGACCGCUGCAAAGGGGCACAUCGCGCAAUGCCUACGAAUCAAAAAGGAGAAAGCACAGCGAAAGAAAGAGGCAAGAGAGGCAAGAGAGCGUGCAAAGGAACAAGCUCGAGAAGAAGAGGCGCGAAAAGCUGACGAAGACGGGGACGCUAAGAUGAAUGACGAUAGCGAUGACGACGACGACGGGUCACCAGAGAAGAAGAGCGCCAGUAAGGGUUCGAAGAAGGUGGGUGGUAAAAAGCCAGAUGGUGAACCGAAAGGCAAGAAACGCAAGGCCGAAGGGGAUGCCGAAAAGGCACCCAAAAAUAAGAAGAAAAAGGAGGAGCCAAAGCCAAAAGCCCCCAAACCAAAAGGUCCCGUCGAUGUCGAGAAACAAUGUGGUGUCAUAUUGCCCAACGGCCAACCAUGCGCACGAUCUUUGACAUGCAAGAGCCAUAGUAUGGGGGCAAAGCGUGCGGUUGCAGGCAGAUCACUUCCAUACGACAUGCUUCUUGCCGCAUACCAAAAGAAGAACCAAGCAAAGCAGCAGAAGGCUGCACUAGAUGCGAACGCUCCUCUAGAGGACGACGACGACGCUAAUGCCGGUCCCGUCGACUCAGAUGAGGAGACGGCAGCGGUCAUGGGAGCGCUAGCUCGAUGGAACCCACAACCUGUCUUACCACAACCCAUAUUUGCACCCAUCAAGCGAACAUAUCAGCUCGCACGUCUUCACGAGCAGCUCCAGACGGCAACAAAUGGUGGACGAACUAAUAUAUUUAAAGUGGUCGGGUAUGGCGCCCAGAAGCUUCCAGAGAACCACUUAGAUAUGAGUAUGGAUUUAGACGAUGCACCAGGCGAACCAGACAUGGGUAUGAUGGGUUCGAUGAGUGCACGAAGAUCUUCAAGCUUCAGCAUGCAGGCUGCUUCACGACGGCCGUCCGUGGCGAGCCGCGCCUAGGAAGGGAAGCUUUUAAGGUGACAAUACAUAUCAACCCGGCUUCAGACGAGAUGGGCCUGCGGUUCCUUACCUUGGGUGGAAAGCAAGUCUACCAGAACAAAACUGAGGUGUGAUUAUAUUUGGAUGACAAUCGUUGGGGCUAGAAGCAGCCGCAAGACUGCAUACCUACUUGUGAUACCCGCCAACAUAUGAGGAGCCCCUCCGUCGUUAAUAAGGAUGUGCGAAUGGAGGUUGGGUGGUGAAUAUGGAUUUGGGUGGGGGUGUAUCAAUUAUGAUCAUGGAAAGGCGUUGAUCGGGGAUACCGGCUCAGGGCAGACGGGUUUUAAUGUCUGCAUUUUCCAACAGGCAAGCACAAUUGAGGCGUUACGUUGGACAGGUUUGAUAGGUGUUUUAGGCAUGAAAUGAUUCGUUAUGGCACGGGUAGGCAUAAGCAUUGGGUUCCAUAUGACAGCUGCCAUAAGCUGAGCUGUAGGAUGUCUACCUACCUACAUAAGCGCAAAGUUCAUACGAUACCACAUGGGACUCGUCUUGAAGUAGGUAUGUACGAUGUAUGUACGAUGUACGUACAUGUUUGUUUAUUUUUUUUAUUUUUAUUUUUUUUUGGAGCGGAACGAGUUAAGAAUAGAAGAUUGAAGUCCACUA